AUGGAGCCUUCUACAACAGGCUUCGCCAGACACCACAGCCAAGCGGUUCUGGCCCACCGGUCGCCCUCGAAACGACCUGUGCACCGCGCCAAUCUCGUGCGCCAAAAUUCGGGAAGAAAAUCACAGCUCUUCGCCAACAGAGCGCAUUUCGCAUCAAAGUCAGAGCUUCGCGCCAUCUUCAACUCCAGAGAGAGCCUCCACGAUAUCCCUCCGUACUUGGUGUCUUACACUCUCUCGCCGCCGCGAACGCAGUACGAGCACAACCCGGUGCUCAAGUACGCGGUGGCCAGGACCAGAGUAGCCAAUCGCCAGCUGUUUCUAGACCCUACCGACAUGAGCAUCAAGGACUACAUGACGCCGCAGUCUGUGGAGCUGCCACCACAUUUGAACAAGUCGCUACAGAUUCAAUUUGCCGUACAACAGGCUGAGCACGAUGGCGGAGAUCAGUCUGGAGUCAAACUCAGAACACUACAGCAGAAUCAAACGGGAAAUAUUCGACAAACACAUGCUCUGGAGAGACCUGGAGCCAUAUCUGCGACAAAAUGA